AUGAACGCAAUGGAGAGCGUGUUCCUGGCCAUCGUCGCCUUUGUUGCCUUGUCAGUGCAGGCCGCGCCGGCGGCGCCAUUCCAACCAAACGCCCUAAAACUGGGAGGGAACUACGACUUCACUCGGUAAUUUCGCUUACAAUUCUAUUUGGAUGAUCCUGUAAAACUUUCCAAAAUUUCCCAAGAGUACUAUGAACCCAAACACAUCUAAUGACAUGCCUAACAACAUUUAUGUUCGCUGUUUUCGAGCGCUAGAAACAGUUUUUACGUGAAAAUCUAAUUUUAUCGCACAACUCGUCAUUAUUUUGGGUUUUCGUCAACGUACAGUAGCGGCAGUGUAUUUUUCCGCCUCCAGCGGCAUCUGCAAUUGCAUGAGAGGCCGGGAGAUAGUAAAGCAUAUCCGUUAUUUAUUGCUGUCGUGGUCGGUUUCACGCAUUCCCUAAUUAAAGUCGAGUCCCAAAAAUAUCAAGAUAAUUAAUUAAUCAGAUGGUCCGGUGAGAAGCUGGAUGAAAUGCUCACGCCUAAGGGCCUAAAUAAACAGCACAGAGAAUACGAAGGCUUACAAUAGCAUAGCAUAGCGACUAGAAGCGUUUUAGGUUGCUUUAGUUGGGUCUGAAGCUCAAAAAAGUUUUCAUCGUAUAACUUGUCGCCUUACGCGUAAAUUAAAAAUUCAUUUAGUGAAGUUGAAACUAGAACUCUCAGGCUUUUUAAAAAUGUAUAGAUUGUAUUUCUCUCAUCUGGAUUACUGUAGCAAAACCACUUUCUCUUAUGAUGUCUCCGAAAAUCAAAACAAUUAUUAAAAAUCUCGGAUUCUCCCCAAAUCUACGUCGCAUCGACUAGACACUGUAAUCCGACGCUAAUUUAUUGACUCUACAAUAAAUAACCAGCGUAAUCGGAUGCCUCCCGAGUGGCCACACGUCGCGCUUUUGCAGCCAAAAUAGCUGCCCUCGAAUUCGGGACCUCAAGGGAAAAUUGGGGGGGAGAAAAUCCGGCUCCCACCCACCCGUGCAGAUAAGCUAUUUGUGGUAUUGCGGAUUACUCAGCCGUAACAUCCGCAUCCUGAACGGAGCUUGGGCUUUAUAAGGCAAUUAAAUCGGGUAUUCAAGAGUUGUAGGGCUGGGAAACGAUGGUGAAGCGGAUUACAAGGCGAUUUAAGGAUCUGAAUAGCCUUGAAGUUGUGUCAAAUGAGCUUUAUAUGAUGCUGUAUGUCAUAAGCUUUCUGGGCAACAGAUUUGAGCGAAUGAAUUUAGCCUUAUAGAGGCUUAAAUCCGCUGAAAUUCCCCGAAAAAGCGGAAAACCCGCGCUAAACCCGGUUUCUGAUCGGAUUUCGGGAAUUAGCCGCAAUUACUGGUACCACCAGCCCGAUUGCUGUUUACAAACCGCCUUAAGGACAAAGCCGAAUCCACAAUUCGCGGAAAUGGAGCCGGCGAAAAUUAAUUGGAUCCACUAAUUGGAGUUUCUUCGGCUCCAAUUUGAGACCUUUAAGGAAAUGCGAGGCCGGCACUAGAGUACAGUACUCAUCAUUUUUGGACUCUAACUAAGCCUCCGGAUACAAUGAAACUUGUUUUUCCGGGAAAAAAUUUGACCAAAAUUUUUGAUUUUCAUUUUUUUUAUUUUUUUCGUUUUCAGAUACUACUUCAACCCACAGAAAAGAGAUGGUGUGCAGCCAUUCAACGCCGCACAAUGGGCUCUUCCACGUCAGCUGGCACCAAAAUUUAAACGGUAAGAAAAUUUUUUUUUAAUUUUUAAAAAAAUUUCAAAUUUAAAAUUUUUUCGUAUUUUAGAAAUUUUUUUUAUGACAAAGAGGUAGUUUGGAAGCAUUACGUAUUUUACAAAACAAAAUUUCCAACACACAACGCCAAAUUUUUGAUUUUUUGCACAGUGCAAUUUCGUAGGCUUUUUUGCACUAUGAAAUCGCACCGUGCGGAAACCUCAAUUUUUGUUGAAAAACCCGGUAAAAAUACGAUUUUAAAAUUGAAAAACAAAAAAUAUGUCUUCUAAAAUACGUCUACAUCUGAUACUUCAAUUUUGUCAUCUAAAAUACGGAUUUUUAAAAUUUAAAAAAUCCGUAUUUUAGGCCGGAAAAUUUUUAAAAAAAUAGCAGAUAAGUUGUCUGCCUCGUAUUUGACCCCAAACAAUUGAUAUUUCAACUUUUCUCUUCUAAAAUACGGAUUUUUAAAAAUUUAAAAAAUCCGUAUUUUAGGCCGGAAAAUUUUAAAAAAAAAUAGCAGAUAAGUUGUCUGCCUCGUAUUUUACCCCAAACAGUUGAUAUUCCCACUUUUUUCAUCUAAAAUACGGAUUUUAAAAAUUUUAAAAAUUCCGUAUUUUAGGCCGAAAAAUUUUAAAAAGUUGCAUGCAAACCUUGUUUACCUCGUAUUUUACCCCCAAACAAUUUUUUCGCUUCAGAUUCGACACCUACUUGCCCAGCGACAAGCGUCUGGACGGCGACUCGAUCGACCAAUUCUACAUGCAACUGGGCCGCCUGCGGCCGGGCCGUCUCGAGUGGAAUUUCAAUCGGCUUUGA